UGAAGAGAAUCGGAGGAGUUAAUGUAACGUUCAUUUCAACGACAUCUCCGAAGGAUCUGUCCUGCGCUUCCGUCGUGACGUCAUCAAGAAUGCGCCGCUAGGGUCGGAGAUUCAUGCAGAUCCGGUACCCAAUAGAUCCAAGAUGUCGGAGAGUGCGGAUCUGAAGCAAAUGAUCAUGAGCCUGCGGGUGUCAGAGCUGCAGGUCUUGCUAGGAUAUGCCGGCCGAAACAAGCACGGACGCAAACACGAACUGCUGACCCACGCGCUGCACCUGCUGAAGUCCGGCUGUAGCCCUGCUGUGCACAUGAAGAUCAAAGAACUCUACUGCCGGCGCUUCCCUGCCAAAAUGCUCUCUCGCCCAGAGUUGGCCCUGUCUGGUCCACACCACCCGGCCACAGCUGGACUGUUGGGGGGAGGGGGAGCCGCGCUGCCGGCUGGCCUGACACAGCUGGCGUACGAGGGUCACGCUGGUCACGCUGGAGCCUCUUCUCCUGCUGCUUUAUUGCCUCUCUCACUUCUCGGUCCUGGACAUCAAGACGUGACCGGACUGACGCAUCACCUGAGCAGCUCGGCCUCGGUCGACCGUGUUCAUCCAGAUGUGAAGUUCCAGAGGUUGCCCUUCUAUGACUUGUUGGACGUGCUGAUCAAGCCCAUCAGUUUAGCCUCAGACAGCAGUCAGCAGUUUCAGGAGACGUGUUUCACCUUUGCAUUAACGCUACAGCAAGUCCAGCAGAUCAACAACUCGAUGGACAUCUCUACGUCGACGUUUGACUUCUCAGUUCAAGUUCAGCUAAGGUUUUGUCUGUCGGAUACAAGCUGUCCACAGGAAGACCACUUCCCAUCCAAUCUGUGCGUGAAAGUCAACGGGAAGCUGUCAAACCUCCCGGGUUAUCUUCCUCCAACCAAAAAUGGUGUGGAGCCCAAACGGCCCAGUCGGCCGAUCAACAUAACCUCUCUGGUUAGAUUGUGCACCUCGGUCCUUAACACCAUUGUCGUCUCCUGGACUGCAGAGAUUGGAAGGAACUUUGUCAUGGCUGUGAAUCUGGUGAGGCAGCAGUCGUCUUCAGUUUUGUUGCAGAGGCUACAAACCAAAGGCAUCAGGAACCCAGACCUCUCCAGAGCACUCAUCAAGGAGAAAUUGAAAACAGACCCAGACAGUGAAAUCGCCAUGACCAGCCUUCGAGUGUCGUUAAUCUGCCCGCUCGGGAAGAUGCGCUUGACGAUCCCAUGCCGGGCUUUGGCGUGCGCUCACCUGCAGUGCUUUGAUGCCACGCUGUAUAUUCAGAUGAACGAGAAGAAGCCAAGCUGGGUGUGUCCUGUGUGUGACAAGAAGGCCCCGUACGAGCACCUCAUUGUUGACGGGCUCUUCGUGGAGAUCCUGAACAGCUGCAGCGACUGUGAGGAGAUCCAGUUCAAGGAGGACGGCAGUUGGGCACCCAUGACCUCGAAGAAGGAAGCGCCCGAAGUUCCAUCCGCCUCGAUACAUAAUGGUCUUGAAGGUUCGUGUUGGGCGUCAGCAGGCUCGGAACGGAAAAGCUUCCCAUCCCCCAGCCACUCGGGCUGCGACAGUAACGACGGCAACAGCAAGGUGCAGGUCAUCGACCUGACGUUGGACAGUUCCUCCGAAGACGAAGGGCAGGAGUCGCCAGCGUUGCAGCCUCCUCCAGCCAACAACCUGUGCUCAUCCAUGUCUCCGACGUCGCCACCUGUGGUGAACAAAGGACUGGUCACCCUGCGGCACCAAGCCUCUCCAGUGAGCCGGACCCCCAGCAUCCCAGCGAUGGACAACACUUACAUCCCACCGGUUCCUCCUCUUAUCCAGGACUACCGGCCGUACUAUCACACCCCCAACGACCUUCCUGAGUUGAACUUCUUUUCUUUUCUUCAAGGAGACAGCCACCAGCAUUACAACAUGGUGAUGUCUGCAGCGUCCGACGACAGUGACCUGCUCUUCAACCGCUUCCUGCCCUACAGCAACUGUGGCUCCUCAGCGUCCUCACAGCUCUUCCUGGCUCAGUCGGGCGCCUCCUCUGUGUUGCCCACUAAUGGUGCCAGCAACUCCAGUAGCAGCAGCAGCCUGGUGUCUUCCAGCAGUCACAGAGACGCUCACUCUUCGUCUUCACAUUCCUCAAACUCUCACCCGGGAAUGUUGGCAGGCCAGAGCGGCGCAGAAGCGGCGGUGGCAGCCAUCUAUGGCGGAAUACCUGACAUUAUAUCACUAGAAUGAUCGACAAGUGUUUUUCCUGGGUUGAAUUGUGACCAGAAAAAGAAGCUGGGAUGCCUCAAGAGAAACACAGAUAUCAAACAGUUGUAGUGUCGUUUGAUUCAAGGGCAGAUUUUAGAGUCCACAUACAUGGCACAAGCAUGAUGAUGUGAAAGGUUUGGAGAGCUGAGGCACUGUACAGAAAAACAAAAUCUAUUUUCCACAUUGACUUUUCUAUGUCCGAUCAUGAGCAUUUUCAUUUCCAAGCGGGACAGUCUGGGAUUUCCCCCCGAAACUUUGUUCAAACCAUUUUUUUCCCUUGGUCACGUGUAUCUAUUUAAUGCUCCCCCACCGCCGACAUGUAAGGUAUCGCUUUAAUGUUUGUGUAUUUAAGUAAUCAUUCCGUCGCACCGUCAGCAGACAAGGAGGUCAUAACACGAAUCAGCGUGUCAGAGCACCGACAAGAGAGGAACAAAUCUUUAAAUCCAUUUGUGGGAUGGAAUUGGUCAGAAGUGUCCUGAAUGAAAGUAUUUAAGGAGAGUUUGUAGUUCCCGCAUUCUACUAUGACCUUCCCUCAUAUCCCUCCCUCAUCUCUCCAUCGACCCCAAAUGACCUCCUGUUCCCCGCUGCAGCCCAAUCAUCGAUGGUGUUUCCUCCAUUUUAUAUUUAUUUAAGGUUUUAUUGUAUAUAUAAAUACUAUAUUUUUACAGUUUGAUCUCGGUGGGAGAGUGAAUGCCAUUAUUUAAAAGUGUUUUUAUUCCUGCUUCAGUAAUGUUAAGUUAUACUUGUUUAGACAACACAACUGACAGCAUGCAAACACGAUGAGCUAGGGCUGUGUUCAUGCCACCACAUGAGGGAUUCCUCUGUCGUUCCAUCUCUUCACCGUUCCUGGGCGGCACCAAAAAGAAAGAACUGCCGGCCUGAAAUGUAGUCAGAGAAAAGAUGUAGCAGGGGUAGUGCGUGAGCGCGUCCCACAGCUGGAUAUCCUCUCCUAAUGUGUCACAAAUGGGUCCAUUUGAAUGUUCAAAUCACAAUACUGCAUUUUCUACAGCUCUCUGUUGUGUUGCAUAUUAAUCUGGAUUCUAAAGCCUGAAAACAAAAUCUAGUGGAACAUGAUUCCGCCAGGAUUAACAUGUCGACCUCCAUCGUCCCUGAGUGGCUUCUCUUAUGUACAAAGUGUAAAAGAAAGAUGUUUAUGAAUGGUAUGUAAGCUAAACCAGAGGGGCCCUUACCUCCGUGGCCUGCCAGCUCCUUGUCACAUUUUCUAGCGAAUGGCUAACUUGCUAUAAAAAUAAAGUGAAGAACUCUCUGAAGUUUCAGGGCUUCUGGGUUGUAGGUCAGUCAUGUGACUUGUGGAUGGUGCUUAGCAUGGGGGUGAGAGACUGUGCAGUUGAACAUGAGGCUGACUGCGUCACUGAAACUCUGCCACGUUGGUGCGAUUGUUGAUCGACAGCCUUGCCUCUGUUUAACGGACCCCAUGGCGUCAGUUGUACCUGUGUUGAGAGCGUUGUGGUAGCUUUCUUUAUGUUGAAGUCCCAGCUGAGAUCUCAGAGGAUGUCCAUUGCCGCUGGUUGGACUCCAUCCUAAUCUAGUCAGGUGGUCUUCACUGAGACCGACUCCAGGUGUGUACCAGCAUCUUGGGGAAAACCUCCCUCUGAGUCAGUCCUACCUCAGAGGGUUCAAUGUUGACUUGUGAUGUUGCCAUGAAUUGUUGUUAUCCAGGUGGUACUCUUCAGUUUCUAGUUUGCUUAUUUCAAAUAAUAGUUCUUUUCUUGAGGACCCUGCGGGGGGCUUUGAGCUGAAGAAGAACUUGAAUAAUCCAAUGCUGGUGUCUUUCCAGAGCUACUUGUGUGGGAGGGUGAUGGUAAGUCAGGUUUGGUCAGAGUGGUGUUAGCUUAAGCACAAGGAAUGGAGAUCCAAAUUCAAGGCUUUCUCACGAUGGGAAGUGAGUUUGUCCACGUGGGGUCGGUUCCAUGUCAUGGGCUCAACAGUAGUCAGAAACCUGGGGGAGAGUUCACUUCACCACACGCUUGUAUUGGUUCGCCAGAUGUGCCAAAAGUCUGGACAAAAAUGUUGGACAAGAUUAUUCACAGACACUCAGGCAUUUCAGGGUUAAGUCUGGAAAAAAAAGUAAAUUGCGAGCUACAAUUACUGCCACUAAACAAUCGUGAGUUUUGGAGGUUUCACUCUCACUGACACCUUUUCUGUGCAAUGAGUGAAAGAUGAAUUUCUAAACCUCUUUAUGUUCAUAUCACAGGUAAAGCAAAAGCAAGUUGUCCUCUUUUGUCAUCGAAAUCUUGUCCUUGCUUUUGGUGACUCAUGAAACCUUAGAAAUUAAUGUAUCAAUUCUGAGACAAAAUUGUUUACAGUUGAAAACCUCUAGUCGAUUCUUUGUUUGACUGAACUAAACACGCAUGACGGUGGAUUUUUGACUCCCCCUCUCUUUUCAUCCGGCUGUUACCUUUUCUCCGCAGACCAAUGUUUUCAUUCUCAUGAGCAGACCUCGGCACUUGUGCCCAAAGAGACUGCCAUUCAGACUUAAUUGACUCAAUAAAGUUAAUUAAACGUAAUUACCUUAAUAAAGAAAGCCUCCACGCUGCUCAGAAGUGCCAAGGUGCAAACAUUUGGAUCUUUUUGACCCUUUAAAUGCCAGUUAUAUCACUUGGGGGAAGGGAGAAACUUGUAUUACAGAUAUAAACACUGUGGUUUUGGGAUGUUCUUGUUUUGAGUGAGGGUUUUAUGGAGAAUGUUUGUUUUGAAAAAAAUGAUGACCUUAAGUCAUUGCACUGGCAUUUAUGUGGUUAAAACCCUCUUGAGGAGCUGUGGGUGUCUGAUCAGAUUAUUAUUUUUUUUUUUUUGUGAUAGUUUUUGUUCUCACUGACUCAGGAGAGAUCUGAUAGUUGGGUCCCACCACCACCACAAAAAAUGAGGUCUGGUUCUCCACCACGUUGGUCUGGAUGUUGCUUCCACUUUCGACCGUUGAGAUGAGAAUCACGCUCAGACGUUGGUCCCAUGAACUCCACAGGUAACAACCGCGCUAUUGCUCCCCAAGACAGGUCAGAAAGGGAACUUGUGAAUAUUACUGUCAUUGUUCUGCGAGAAUGUUUGACUUCAUGUUUCGCGCAACGCUGUUCUUUUCACAGGGAGGAAAGAAUCCAUCUAUUUCCUAUACGUUUUUCUAUAAACGUGCACUCACUGCCUUAAGAUGUACAAGGUUUUGUUAUUCAACGACUCUGAUCUGUUUCAGCCAAUAUUGUACAAAUACUAUUUAUUACCUGCAUUGGGACAAAAAAGUUGUUUACUUAUUGAAUGUGACAUGGUUAUGUAGAAUACUUUAGAUGUGAUUAAAUACGAUCUGUUUUUAUUGUUACGUCUGGCUUGUUUUUGUUGGAUCCGAGUGUGCGAUUGACAGGGCCUGCCUUGCUGUACACGCCAUUGACCAACAGAGGGCAC